CGCGUUGGCGCUGACAUCCUCUCAAGUUUGAGUCUUGUACAUUUUUCUCAUUCUUUCCAUUUCCUUCAUUUCCAUAUUGUACAUUAUCACCAUUUGAUUUAUCUCAGCUUUAAAUAAAAUCUCAAUCAAUAUCAGAGUUAAAGAGCAAUAUAGCAAUGUUUGACGGCAGCUACAAGUCCAGAAGAAACAUUAACCUCGGGGGCAACAGGCAACAGGUUGACAAGCAAAAGCUACUACGACAAGCUCAGGAAGAGCGCAGAAUCCGAGAAGUAGAAAGGACGCGGCUCAGAGCAGCUGAACGCAUCCAGUCAUGGUACCGCGGGAGAACUGUUGCCAUUAAAUUGCGACAGGAUAUUCGAACGAGCUGGGAUAAAGAAACAGAAACGCUUGAGCAAAAGUUGUCAGAUGUAGCCCUCGAUCAGCUUUGUGAUAUAUCAGAGUCUUUAGUCCAACGGUUUUUGAUUUUCUUUCGACCGCACUCUUCUGACCAGCACAAUGGGUGGCGUAUCCUUUUGGCACGACUAUUGCCAGUGCUUCUGAAACAUCUAGGAGAAUAUCCAACAUGGAUUGAAAGCGAUUCAGCAACCGUUAUAGCACUUCUCGAUAUGCUUACACUCAAAGAUUCCUUUCAAUCAGUACAAGACUCUGAGAAGAUUGUUCUUGAGUUGUUAGAAACCCUAUCAAGAUCUGAAGCAUUUUUAUUUAUUGCAGAAUUUGUGGAUCGGACUUCAUUAUAUGAAGAAGAUCGACAGUCCGUGGCUAAAGCACUGCUACUCUCCAUUCGCAUAUGCAGUACAAAUGAGAACACGCAGGAAUACUCUGUUUUGGAUCAAUUUAUCACUCAAAUCCUUGCUAUUCCUCUUUUGCCAAACCGUAUAUCGACGGAGACACUCACUUCGUUUACGUCACGUCUGCCUCUGGAUCCAAUCCUACUACAUUUAUCAGCAAAUUCAUGUUCUACUAUCGCGAAGCUACCGCAAUCCAAGGUCUUUCCUCUUGUUGCCAACAUUCUUGCCUUUGCGUAUCAGCGUGUGGCAAACAUGGCGCCUACAGUUUCAAAUGCUUACCUCCGGGUACUCACGAUGCUGAUUGGAAUGAUUCCACAGUCCUUAGUAGAUUCAGUCGCAAAGGAGCGCGCAGUGGAUGAUGAUGAAGGUGAAGAUGGCAUGGACUGGGAAGUGGACGAGUCGCUAGGUCCCUCAUCUGCUACGGAUAUGCAGGCAUCGGCAGCUAGGCUAGAUCCCAGAAUCGUGAAGUGGCUUUCACUGGCUUACAAUAGCAAUCAUCUAAAUGACAUCCUCGGUUCAGUAGAGCCCUCGAUUGGAACGGUAACAACAGAUAGAACUCAAGAAGUUUUCUCCUCGGAGUCUAUAGGUCAAAUUACACAGUUGCUUCUCAACCUUAUAACUCUCUUUCCGUCACAAAAAAUCAACAUUCUGAACAACCUAAUAUACUUUCGAUUUGGCAGCAAGCCAAAACAAGCGCGCAGCGCUGGCAGUGGCAGAUUUUUUGGGAUUUCUAUCAUAAGGAUUUUUCUGGAUGCUUUUACAUCCACAGCCCUAUAUGCUCAGCUGGCUCAACCAAUGCAACAAGAUUCAUUACAGAAGUUCCAAUUGGCAUUAGACUCUGGACAUGAAAAGGCUUGGAGCCUACUAGCCUUUGUCUCGGAGCUUUACUGUCAGAUUUUAAUCACCAUGGGUGAUGAUGAGUUCCAUGAUGAAACCAGGAACCCUAUCAGCCUUUCAAGUGUGGUCGCUCUAUCAUCUGUGGUUAGAGUAAGAUAUAGCUUUCUUGCUAUGGUGGAAUGACAAUGCCUUCGAUAUGGGGUCGAAUCUGCAGAAUCCAACUAACCUCAAGAUCGGUUACUUGCGUGACAUUACUACGAAACUCACAAGACAAUUGCAUGCACGAGACUCACGAAAAUCAUUUUGUCCAAAGGAUCACUGGCUGCUCUCGAUGCCCUUGGAUAUGGCAGCGUUUAAAAGAGCGGUAAUACAGGAUGAUGAAAAUCUCCGUCUUCAUCU